CAGAGGAGAGUUCCACGCGACGGUCUUCGCUGCGAUAAUCAGCACCUCGCCGUGGCACGCGUUCGAGGUGCGGUAUAACGAACCCAGCGCGCCUCGGACACUGGCCAUCCUCCGUUGAUGCGCGAACUCCACGCCAUGGUCCAUGGUCGCGACGCCCGAGAUACCGCCCUCGCAAUCAUGCAGGCAACGAUCGGGCACGCUGCUCUCGACCGCGAGGUUGACUUCGCGCCUUUCGUGGAGAAGCGCGCGGUGGUGCGCCGCAGCGGCCGCCACAAACGCAAAGUCCAAGCCCGCCUCCUCCUCCACUCGCAUGUCGGCGUGCUGGGCAUACGAGCGAGCCCUAGCAGAGCAGUACCCCGAUAACGCGCACGACGCCAUAUGCAUGCUCGCCCCUGUCGUUCUUACUGUGGGCGAUCGAGCGGUAUCUGCGGGCCCAGGGCGCACCGACUUUCGUCCUAUCUAACUUACAUGGCUCUCGGGACCUCGCAUCACGCGAAGCAGGGCCCCCACCCGGCGGCCAUCCUGCCCCUCGCGUUUCUUGCGUUCUCAGACGUCGACGGCUCGCAGGGAACGCAGCAUGUCGCCACAGGAGCGCUGCACACCUUCCGGGCGCAGCUCUGCCACGCGUCCCUCGCGAUGCUCCUUGCGCCCCUCGAGGCAGGCAUACAGCGUCGGGAAUCCGACGUCGCGCGAUGUGCCGACGGCCACUUCCGGCGUGCUUUCUACCAGAUUGGGCCUGUGAUCGUUGACUCGCCGUCCGCGUCAGCACUGCCAGUGGGUGAUGUGGGUGAUGCUAACAGCGAGGGCGAUUUCGAGAUGAUGCCUGAGUUGGUUGCCAGUGCCAUGUAGUUGCCAUGUAGUACUGUACCGUUACGGCCGUUCCGUGCGGUGGCGUACAGUGCAUGACGUGUCACGGUCAAGUGGAUGCGUCUGGGCCUGCCGCACUGCUCCCUUGCCCUGUGACUCUGUUUUGUCCCAUUUACUCUGCUGAGUCGCGCGUACUUCAAAG